AUGGCUAUCAAACCAACAAAAUUUGAAAAAAAGGUUAUUUAUGACCAAAAGUUGUGCAAAUAUUUAGACUCUUACAAUCAAAUAUUAAUCGUAAAUGCUGAUAAUGUUGGUUCUAGUCAAAUGCAAGGGAUUCGUAAGGGUCUCCGAGGUGACUCUGUCGUACUUAUGGGGAAAAAUACUAUGAUGAAAAGGUCCGUUAGGAUCCAUGCGAAAAGUACCGGAAACGAUGCUUUCCUUAAUCUUAUUCCUCUUCUUGUCGGCAAUGUUGGUUUGAUCUUCACCAAGGGUGAUUUGAAAGAGAUAAAGGAAGAAGUUGCAAAAUACAAGGUGGGAGCUCCUGCACGUGUUGGAUUAGUUGCACCAGUUGAUGUGAUUGUUCCUCCUGGCAAUACUGGCCUUGAUCCUUCUCAAACUUCCUUUUUUCAGGUACUCAACAUUCCCACAAAGAUCAAUAGGGGUACAGUUGAAAUCAUAACCCCAGUUGAACUAAUCAAGAAGGGUGACAAAGUGGGCUCAUCAGAAGCAGCCCUUUUAUCAAAACUUGGAAUAAGGCCCUUUUCAUAUGGGCUUGUUGUUAUUUCUGUUUAUGAUAAUGGAUCAGUUUUCAGCCCAGAAGUUUUGGACUUAACUGAUGAAGACCUUGUUGAAAAAUUUGCUGCUGGUGUUGCAAUGAUGACCACUUUAUCUUUGGCUAUUUCUUACCCAACACUUGCUGCUGCACCACACAUGAUUGUUAAUGGUUACAAGAAUGUUUUGUGUGUUGCUCUUGAGACUGAGUAUACAUAUCCACAAGCUCAACAAGUCAAAGAGUAUCUCAAGGAUCCUAGUAAGUUUGCGAUUGCAAUUGCUUCGGUUGCUGAGUCUGCAACUUCUCAAGGUAUCGUUGAGACUGAAGAUACUAAGAAGGAAGAAGAAGCGGAGUCUGAAGAGGAUGAUGCUAUGUUUGGUCUUUUCGAUGAUUAGAUCAAUUAAUUUUUUUUAUAGUUUA